CAAUAUUCAGUUCCCAUGUGAUAAGUUAUCAAAUAUAGUUAAAAUAUUAAUUUGUAUGUUUAAGAAUUAAAAUUCUGUCAGUUUAGAGUACAACUUUUUUAAAAAUAAUGUCUUGAUAAUUUUUUGUAUAUAUAUUAAUCAUUGGAUAUUAACUUUGCUAAUUUAAAACUUCAAAUAUUUCUUAAUAAGUGAGUAUUAUGGCGGGACUAUAUUUUAAGAAACCAAAACGAAAUCUUCGGGUGAGAGAUUCUGAUGAUUUUUCCGAUGAAAAAUGCGAUGAAAAUUUAAGUGAAGAAACAACACUUAAAUCAAUAAAAAGUCAAAAAAUUAAAGUACCCAAGAAAGUUAGUACUCUAAGUUUUGAGGAUGAUUUAAAUGAAUGUGACGACGGUGAAGAAUUUAAAGUUAGAAAAUCAUCUUACAGUAAAAAAAUUAAAAAACAAAUGAAUAAAGAAAAAAUGAGUCGAAAUAAAUCAGAGUCAAUUAAAAAAUUAACUAAUACCAAUGAAACAUUACAGCUUACAUUUAAUGAAUUAAAAACAAACAAACCUAAAUCAGAAUCGAUUGAAAAAGAAAUAAUGCUUACUGGUCGAGCUGCAGAGAUGGCAGGAUAUGAAUCAUCAGAUGAGGAGCAAGAUACAUUCAAUCCAUCUGUCCAUCGUUUUUCUAAUCCAGAUGAAGUUAAAUUAGUAUUAAAAAAGGGACAAAUCCCAAAUGCUGCCUUGAUUCAUGCUGCUAGAAAAAGAAGACAACAAGCCCGUGAUAUGGGAGAAGAUUUUAUACCUAUAUCUCAAUCAUCUCAUAAUGAUGCAAGUAAUACAGAAAAAGAACAAAAUAUUGGUAGACGUUUGACUCGUGAAGAAGAUGAACUAGAGGAUAGUGAUGAUGAUGAAAGAAUUAUUAUGUCUGGAAUAGUUAGCCAAGCUGAUGACCGAAAAAAAAGUUUACAUAUUACAUUAGCUGAUAAUGUGAAUACUGAUAUUCAAGACAAUAAUGAAAUGGAUGAAGAUGAUAAUGAUUGGGAAACACAACAAAUAAGAAAAGCUGUUACAGGUUCUCAAUUGGCUGCAGCACAACAAGAAUCCACAUGUAUAUCAUUGUAUGGAAAUGGUCUUCUUCAUAAUGCUGGUUCACAAGAACAUACAAUGACAACUAUGAUAGAACAAAAAGGAAGAAUCACAAACAUUUCACAAAAUAUUGCAUCUUUCAUAAAUCCCAUUGAAAUCAUAAAAAAAACUCAAGACAUAUUAAUGGACCUUAAAAAUAAAAUAAAUCCAGAUUUUAAGUAUUAUGAAGAUAUGAAAAAUGAAAUACCAGAAAUUAAGGACAAAAUUGAAAAACAUAAAAAAAAUAUUCCAGAGUUGGCUGAUUGUUUCCAGUUUUACCAAGAUUUACGUGGGUAUGUCACAGAUCUGGUAGAAUGUCUUGAUGAAAAGAUGCCCGUUCUUGUUAUGUUGGAACAACGUCUUUCUAGUAUCUUUGAAAAAAGACGCAAUGAUUUAAUAUCCAGAAGAAGACAAGAUGUUAGGGAUCAGGCUGAUGAAGCUAUGCCUCCAUCUAACAAACUAGGAUCAUCUUCAUCUAUUAUACCAAGAUCAGAAGAACAACAAAGAAGAGCAGCUGAACGUGAAGGUCGUCGUAUAAGACGUAUGAGAAGCAGAGAGUUAAAAUCUAUUAGUAAACAUGCAGAUGGAAUGUCAACUGAUGAAGAAGUUCCCGAAACUGAUGCUAAUGUUUUUAGAUCUCAAAUAGAGGUUGUAAAAAAUGAUGCAGAAGUUUUAAUGGAUGAUGUUCUUGAUGAAUUUGCUUCAAUUGAUUUAAUUUUAAAACAAAUGUUUCAAUGGAAAAAAAACUAUCAAGAAACUUAUAAUGAAGCAUAUGUUAAUGUUUGUUUACCUAAAUUAAUUGGGCCAUAUGUUCGACUAGAAAUGUUGACAUGGAAUCCUUUAGAAGAAGAUCAAAAAUUUGAAAAUAUGUUGUGGUAUAAAAGUAUGCAAAAGUAUACCAUGAAUGGUAUGUCUAGUAUUGAACAACUUACAAAAAAUAUUGACUUAGAAUUAAUUCCAAAAAUAAUAGAAAAAAUUAUAUUAAAUAAACUUGACCAAAUUGUAGUGACACAAUGGGAUCCUUUGUCAUCAAAACAAACAAAAAGAUUCAGUGCUAUUCUUAAAAAUAUACUUGAUAAUUAUCCUACCAUUGAUCCUGAUAGCAAACUCCUAAUGGCACUUCUAACUAAUUUGGUUGAUAGGCUUCGAGAUUCUGUUGAUAAUGAUGUAUUUAUUCCUAUUUAUCCUAAACAAGUGAUGAAUUCUGGCAAAAUGAAUGUUUUCUUUCAGAGACAAUUUAAUGUUGCUGUAAAAUUACUAGGAAAUAUUCUUUGCUGGUAUCACAUAAUUGAAGAUGGUAUUAUAAUAGAUCUUGCAAUAAAUCAAAUAUUAAACCGAUAUUUGCUUAUGUCUGUAAGAACGUUACAACCAUUAGAAGCUAUUCUUAAAAUUACCAUGAUUGCAAAAUCUUUACCUUCUUCAUGGUUAACUUAUGGAAGUACUACACCAAAAGAGCUAACACAAUUUUUUAAUCAAUCAAAAUUAGUGGCCAUUGAAGUAGAUAAAUCUCAACCACAAGCAAAAUAUGCUUUGGACAAACUUAAUGAAGUACUCAAAUUUUAAAUCAAUAACAUUUUGUAUUCCUCCUUAUGUUAUACUUCAAUAACUUUUAAAACAUAGAAUGCUAAUGUAAAAAUAUAAAUGUAUGAUUAUUUGCUAUUGUUUAAAUA